CUCUCUUUCUCUUUCUAUUUCCAUUCUUUCCUCAAACCAUUCUCUAAGAACCCUAGCCCCCAAAUUCACGGCAACAAGAAAGGCAAGUCGGCAACAAAGACAGCGAUGAGUGCGGCUUCUAGGUUUUACACAUGUUUCGUCGAUAAAAUCAAGCUUCAUUCUGCCCCCGAGGCCUAUUCGUAUUGCUCGGCUCCAAGACAAGUAGUUUCGUUCAUUUAGUACGGAGGAAACCAAGGAUAAGCCUGUAUUUUCUGCAAUCUGCAGGCUUAUGGAGUCUGCAUCUUCCAUCAGUUUUCUUAUGAAUUCUGUCAUGGUUGGAUUGUACAGGCGACGUCACUCACUUAAUGACCUACCGUUGUUGCUCGGAUCCAGGCAGAUAGGUGAUGGCGACUGCUGUCGCAGGCUGGCGGCGACAUGUGAUGGCCGUCGAUAGCGGCCAACAACGAGAUGGAAGUAAGAACAAUGUUUGUGCAGGCUUCAAGAAUGCCACCUCGUCAAAAUUGCAGUAUUUGUUUUCCUUUUUUCUCUUGCUUUCUUGGAAGUACAGGAAAGAGUAUGGGCUCCCCAAGGAAAGGGAAUCCCUCCUCCCUUACCAAUUUGCUUUUUGAUUUCUUGCCAUUGCUUAGACACAAAAAGGGUUCUCUAUCCAAAUGUAAAACGAAGGAAUCAACCAUUAUGCCAAUCAUAGUGGUCACAAUGGAAAGUCAUCAAUGAAAUAAUGUUCUGCUUCUUGUUUUCUUGGAUUUCUCUGCACAAGAACCAGAGGAAGUGGAGGACCCAGAUUCUUGAAGGUCUCAUUUGUAAAAACCCUUCCCACCAUCGAACCCUUUCACCUACAUUUCUCCUUUCCCCCCUCUGAUUACUUCUCAGUACAAGAAAAGCAGGCGCAAAAGAAGGGUUUUCUAAAAACCCCUCCAAAACAGAGAGGAAAAACCAACAGAGGGGUUAGGGUUUAGUACCACUGGCGGAGGGUUUAUUACUCCAAUUGAUGGAAGCGAAGAUGUGUUUCUUUCACCAAUCAGCACACCCAGGAAAAGCGGCAUUGGAGGUGGAUGCGACACAAAAAUCCAACAAAGAAAGCCCACUGAUGACAGUCCGUGAUGCUUUAAAUUCAGCACUUGACGAAGAAAUGUCUGCUGAUCCCAAAGUCUUUCUAAUGGGUGAAGAGGUUGGUGAGUACCGAGUUGCGUAUAAGAUCUCCAGAGGGCUUUUGAAGAAAUAUGGCCCUGAGCGGGUUCGUGAUACACCUAUCACCGAGGCUGGAUUUACCGGUAUUGGAGUUGGAGCAGCAUAUUUUGGCCUAAAGCCUGUAAUAGAGUUUAUGACCUUAAACUUCUCAAUGCAGGGGGUGGGGACUGAGGAUAAAGGAGGUUAUGGAGGAUUUUAUGGGUGCAAUUUGAGCUUUUUCAAUGCUCUGAACAUGAAGAGUUUUAUAUGCAUUCUUUAAUACAGAAAAAUAAAAACAAAAAUGGUUAAGACAAUGUCUGGGAGGCAACUUACACGGUGAUUGAAGGCUAUUGAUCACAUUAUUAAUUCGGCUGCAAAAUCAAAUUACAUGUCUGCCGGUCAGAUAUCAGUGCCUAUUCAGAGGCCCAAAUGGUGCUGCUGCUGGCGUAGGUGCUCAACAUUCGCAGGUAUGAAUUUAAACCAAUUGGCUGGAAGUCCUAGUUGAGAUGUCUUUGUAAUGUUUAAGCAUGUGAGUAGUGUUAUAGUUACAUCUUUAUCUUGUUAUUGACCUAGAGCACUGCCAUGCCACUUUGGUCUAUACACUGUCCAGUGCUCCACAUCCUAAACCAGAGGUAACUCUAGAUGAAGUGGCUUUCUGCUGCUGGUUAAGGGAGAGAGAAUAUAGGACAUCACUGACUAUUUCAUAUCUAGCAACUAACAUAGGACUAAAUGGAAAACCAUUGGAAAAAGAUCCCUUUGAUGGACUAAAAUGCUUUAUGUCAUGCAUCUAACCUGAUAAUUAAGAAAUGUUCAAGAAGGUGAGGGGGAUGCUUCCUGUUCAAUGAAGCUGACUUGAAGUAGCAUGUUCCAAAAGAAUACAAGAAAGAAUCCUUCAUAUUUGGGGAGCACUAGAAGGUAGGAUACAUGAGUAAUCGCACUUGUAUUUACGAAGAAACUCUCAAAUUGGGAAAAAAAACAAUUAUUUGCCGUGCUUCUUACCAUCAGGCUCUGGCCUAUGAUGUAUGCCAUCCAAAAAGUUCUAUUAAUGGACCAUUGUAUGAUCAAGUUUAACCACAACAGUAUUCCAAAGCAACUAAUUUUUA